AUGCGGCGGGCUCACGGCGCGCCCAGCAAGAAUUCCGGAGCUGCCAGACCGGUGCGUGCGCCCUCCCGCUCCCCGAAGGAGGGGACUGCAAGAACGUCAGCGGGGGGUGUCGCCAGCAGGAGGCCGUCCGCACAUAAAUCACCCCCGCAGACCACCAGCGGGGGCCAGCGAACAUCAUUGGAGAGGCGGACGGCAACAGACGCUCCGGUCGAGAAGAGCUCCGAGGCGACGAGGCAAAAAUUCCCCCUGUCUCUGAGGCGAGACCGGGGGCCGGCGUCACAGGGGCUGCAGAGCGCCAGGGUUUCACCCGAGAAGAGCUCUGCAGCUAUGCCGGCCCGUCCAUCGUCCGGCAGUCCCGUGGCGUCGCGACCGGCAGCAGCAGCGUCGCCACAAUCGGGGGAGGCCAGCAGCAGCAGGGGGGUGACACUACCCCCCCUCGACAUUCCAUCUCCUCUCCCGAUAACAGCAGCGGGGGCACCGAGGGUCACGUCCAACAUCCGAGUGACGGUGCCACCCGCUCUGUUACAACAAUAUGUACCGACGACGUCGCUGCCCGCGAUCGUCACCACCACCACGGUGACAACAACGACGUGUGGGAGCCCCAUUAUGGCCACGGGUAUCCCACUGGGGGGGCGCAGGUCACCAAGCCCCCCCAUGCCAGCGAGACGUCGGUCACCGCCGGUGGUGCAGCAACAACAAACCGUCUGGUCGCCCGAACCCUGCAACGAUGGAUUCUCCCUCGUGAUGGGAGAGGGUGCGUCGGGCCAGACGAGAAAGAGAAAGACUCCACCCCAUGAACACCCCGGGGUGGAGCAGCAACAGCGGCAGCAGCAGCAGCAACAACAACGGAGGUCGACGCCACCAGCGAGGGAUUGUGGGGAGCCAGAGGUCCUAAGCGGUGAAACAGUAACUGCCUGUGAAAAUAAGGCAAAACAAAACAUAACAGAAAAACAAAUUGGAAAGUGCUAA